CAUCGUACAACUUCGACACUGUUUAAGAUUACACCAUCAUCAACGCGUUUCCAUCAAUCUUCUCCUUCCCCAGCACUUUUCGGGACUGCUGCAUCAGUUUCAUAUUCGUUCUUAUCACCCAGCAUCUCUAGUUUGACUAGACAACAAUGUCUCGCGGCGGCACCACUCUCUACGUGACCGGCUUUAGCCACGGCACCCGCGCUCGCGACCUCGCCUACGAGUUCGAACGCUACGGCCGACUGGUUCGCUGCGAUAUUCCCGCACCCAGGUCUACAUCUUCUCGGCUCUUCGCUUUUGUUGAGUACGAGGACCGUCGCGAUGCUGAUGAUGCCUACCAUGAGAUGCACAACAAGCGCAUCGGCCGCGAUGACAUUUUGAAGAUUGAGUGGGCUCGUACUCCUCCUUCUGCCUCAUGGCGCUUUGAAUCUGGACGCGACCGUGACCGACGUGGUGGCGCUCGCUCUCCUCGACGUGGACGCUCUCCUUCUCCCCGCCGCAGUACACGCGAUUAUUCUCCUCGCAAGGACGACCGUAGGGACCGUGACCGAGACUAUGACCGCGAGAGCCGACGUGACAGGGAUCGCUCUCGCAGCCCUGAUCAUCGGGACCGUGAGCGUGACUCCAAGGAUGACCGUGAUGAUCGUGACCGACGGGAGAACGGUACGAAUGGUGACGAGCGUAAGGCUCUCGACAGCCCUCCUCCUGCUCACGACGAUCUUGACGUUGCCGAGUAGACGACUCUCUGACAGCAAGAGAUUCCUUGUCGUUUCUGACCAGGCUUC